CCCAAAAACUCGACAGAAUACAGCUCCACAACUAUCAGAGAAAUCGCCGUCAGUGAAGUGGACGAAAGAGCAUCCGGGUUUCGAGGUCAUGGAUUCGAGGAGGAAUGGAGUACGAUUGUGUUGAGGCAGAUGUCGACGAGGACUGGCAUCGCUGUUGCUGCGGCGGUGAUUUCGAGAAGGACCAUUGUUAUUGGUUACUCUUUGUUGAUUUCCCUAUUUUUCUAGUACAUCUCUUAGUCAUGCUCCCUUAUAUCAUCUGGGUUCCGUGACUUGCCUUUCUGUAUAAUACUCGCAAGGUUU